AUGAAUGUGACAGUAUAUUUUACUGAAUUGAAGAAAAUGUGGGAGAAAUUAGAUAGCUUUAGAACAAUUCCUUCAUGUAAUUGUGGAAGAGAUUGCAAUUGUCGAUUAGGUGUUGUAAGAAAUUUUAGAACAAAAGAUCAAGUGACACGAUUUCUUAGAGGACUGAAUGAACCAUAUGCUGGAGCAAGGUCUCAGGUUAUGCUCAUGGAUCCGCUUCCAAGUCUGAAUACUGUUUUCUCACUUCUCACACAACAAGAAAGGCAGUUCCAGAGCCUUGAUUUUACCUCAUAUAAUAAACUCAUUGCAGCAGCUCAAUCCGCCACUCUCUUAAACACUGUAGAAGAUUCACACGGCAGAGGAAAAGGGAGGGGUAGAGGAGGCAGGAAUCAAGGUUUUGGAAGAGGUCAAGGAGGACGAGGCAAGAUGCAGUGCUCUCAUUGUGGUAAGUCCGGACAUACCAUCGACACUUGCUAUAAAAAGCAUGGAUAUCCACCACAUAUGCAGCAGAGGCACAACACUGCGAUCAUGAACAUUAGUGCAUCAAAUUUUGAGGGAAGAAAUAAAAAUCUCAGAUUUCCUUACAACGGAAAGAGCAGUGGGUCACAGAUCUUUGAUUUCACACUAGAACAAAAAUCAUCUUUGCUAGCACUUCUCAACAAAGAAAAUCAGAAACCAAAUCAUAGUGCUGAGCCACACACUCUAAAGCCUUUACUAACACCUCAUCCAGGUAGUUUGGCACAUGUCAUACAUUUUAGAUCAAGUAUACUUGUAUUAAACAUUUCAGAUAAAAAAUAUGCAUCUUGGGUGGUGGACACAGGGGCUACAAACCAUGUGUCAUACUCACUCAAUGAUUUUCAGUCAUAUCAUGAAAUAGCUCCAAUUCUUGUCAAAUUUUCUAAUGGUGCACUAGCCAUUAGCAAAAUUGCUGGAACUAUUUUCUUUUCAAAGAACAUAUACCUUGUUGAUGCAUUGUAUAUACCCUUUUUCAAUUUUAAGCUAAUUUCUUUUUCCAAGGCCAUAUUUCAUUUGCAUUGCCACGUGAAUUUGUAUGACAAACUGUGUAAGAUUCAGGAUAUCAACUCGGAGAAGAUGAUUGGCACAGCUAAGGCAUGUGAAGGACUUUAUGCACUGAAUGCUGAAGCAGUAAGACCUGAAUUUACACAAGCAGCAAGCUUCAUGAGUUUACCUAAACCUGAAAUAAAGGGAAUAAACCUCUAG